AGGAGGCGAAGCGCUCCGAGCCGCCGCUGAUGUGACACGCUUACAAAUACACAGAAAACCACCGAGCGGGCGACAGGACACCAUGAUCCGGCUCCAGCGGCGUGUUUAGUCCGCCCGACCCGUCCGCACCUCGGAGCGCUGUGUUGUUCGUCUCCCUCCGCCUUCACGGUAGUCCUCUCGGAGCAGCGGCAGCGGCAGCGGCAGCAUGGUGGAACAGUCGGAUCGAGCCCCGCUGCUGGACUGGGAGGAGAUCCCACCGCCCGAUCCCAACCAGGCGGCCCAGCCGCCGCCUCAGCCGCCGCCGGGAGCGGAGGAAGCCGCCACGCAGAAAAGUUCGCAGCCGCAGACUGGCACUGCGGCUGGCACUGGGUGGAGCAGCGGCAGCACCCCCUCCAUCAUCACCUGCAGCCCGACGCGGAGCCUGACCACCGUGGUGCUCAGCGAGGACGGCGGCCGGCCGCGGACCGAGCUCUUCGGACACGGGUGGGACCGCACGGCUUUCGGUCCCGUCUGCUUCCCCGGGCUGUCCGCGAGGGACCAGUGGGAGGAAAAGGACCAGAUCGUGGCCGUGUUCGUGGUUACAUUUGACACCAGAUCGGGGAACAUGGUGGAGUGGUGUCUGCCUCAGGACGUCAACCUGGACGGGGUUGAGUUCAAGUCGAUGGCCAGCGGCUCUCACCGGAUCACCAGUGAUUUCAUAUAUUUCCGUAAAGGCUGUUACUUCGGGCUGGCCUGUUUCGCUAACAUGCCUGUGGAGAGUGAGCUGGAGCGAGGAGCCCGGAUGAAGUCAGUGGGAAUCCUGUCUCCCUCCUACACUCUGCUGUACCGAUACAUGCACUUCUUGGAGAACCAAGUCAGACACCAGCUGCAGUGCCCGGGCCAGUACUCCCCACUGGAGGCCUUCUACGAGGACAAGAAGGCAGUUCUCCCGCCGACGGGGAACGGCCUCGUCAACGCCUGUCCCACCUGGAGCGUCACCACCAUCAACCGCUGCAUGCACCCGGAGAUGAAGAUCACCCACCCGGCUGGCUGCAUGUCCCAGUUCAUCCAGUUUUUCGGGGAGCAGAUCAUGGUGCUGUGGAAGUUUGCGCUGCUGCGGAAACGUCUCCUCAUCUUCUCCCCUCCUCCCGUGGGUGUGGUCUGCUACAGAGUGUAUUGCUGCUGCUGCCUGGCCAACAUUUCUUUACCUGGAAUCGGAGUGUCUGUGCCUGAGUUACGGCCUUUCUUCUACAUCAACAUUGCAGACAUCACUGCUCUGGAGACGGAGCUGUCGUACGUGGCCUGCACCACAGAGAAGAUUUUCGAGGAGAAGAAGGAGCUGUAUGACGUCUACAUCGACAACCAGAUUGUGAAAACUCACAGAAGCCAUUUGCAGCCGCUUCUGAGACUGAAUGCGGCCGAUAAGGAGAAGUACAGGAAGCUGACAGAGCAGAGGCAAUUGUUGCUUUACUCUCAGGAGGUGGAAGAAGACUGCACUGCAAACGAGGAAGAUCUUUUUAUUCUGUUCUUCAUGGAGAUGAACAACCGCAUCUUCCAGACGCUGUCGGAGGUGGCGGGCAGCAACGACCCCACCCUGACCGCCGAGCACGUGAGGGCCAUGGGGCUGGAUCCUCAGUGCGACCGCUCCUUCCUGGUGGACCUGCUGGAGGUGUACGGCAUCGACGUCACGCUGGUCAUAGACAACCUCUGCUGUCCCUGAAGCCCGGACGCCACUGGAUCGUCUGAGGCCGCCCUACACCUACACACACACACCUACACGCACACACACAUACACACACAGAAACUAAAGACACUGCCGCCACCUGGGGACACCAUGUUAUCCUCUGUGUGUGUGUGUGUGAGAGACUGAUCAGUGGCGACUGUUUAAACCACCGGGUGAUAAGGACGCUCUCCAUGGCGGCUGAUAAACUCCUGCCUGGCAGCUGCAGCCGCUCCAGUCCCGCGUCACUCACUCCGUCCUGCUCCCGUCCAGCACCCAACUCUCUUGUACAUGUUUGCCUGUUGGGCUUCUGACUGUUGAUUAAGACGCCCAGGCCGAAGCACUGGAUGGAUAUUUCUCACUGCAGAGCGACGGACUGCUCUCCGCUGCACUCACUAUACCGAAGUCACCACAUUUCAACAAUCCCUGCAGCUUCUGUCGUGCGGUUUAAAUCCCGGAAAGCCAAACGGACUUUUCAUCCAUAUUCAUGGAUGCUCUUCUUCUUCUUCUUCUUCUUCUGGUAAUUGUACAUUGUAAAAUGAAAGCUUUGUAACCACUUUAUUUGCCUUCAUAAAGGAAAGCAAUAGGAGCCUGUGUGUUGAAAGUUUAGUUUUUACUAUUUCUUCACAACUGAGAGGUGAGAACAAGGAAAUGUGUUGAGUGCAAUCCUCUUUUUUUUCAACAAAGAGGGGUGAGUAUAAUUAAGAUGGAAGAUUAUUAUAUGGAUUAUCUGUUGACCUUAAUGCACCUUUCACAUCAUGUUCGUCGUGUGUGUCUGACAGAAGUAACCAAUGCGACUCGCUUUCUUACACAGUGUAGCCUUUUCUUUGGUGGAGGAAUUUUCAAUGAAUGUGACUUUCUAACACUAAUGUUGUGGCGAAUGCUGCACCGGUUCCACCGCUGGACUCCCUCCUGAUGCACGGAGCCAUGCUCGACUCUACUGAUGUGCUCUGUUUAUGCGAAAAGUCUUCAACUGAUCUGUUCACGCGUCACUCGGCUUCAAAGAGAUCCUCUCCGCUUGUCUGUUUUCAUGACAAAGAUCUCUUUGUGUACUUCCUUCUUCUUCUUCUUCUUUUUUUUGUUUGCGGGGGAGAUCUGUUGACGUCCUGACGGGAGCCGAGGCGAAGCUUUAACUCCUCCUCCUCCUCCCGUCUGUUUCCAGCCGAGGGUUUCUCCCAGUCCUUUCCAUCAGCGGCUCGUUGACUGAGUCCAGCUUUAGAGGAGGGCCGAAUGUGUGUGUUGAACAGUGCUGGCAGAGCGCGCUCACUCCAUCCACCCCAUUGCCAAUCACAGUAAUAAUUUGUUCCAUGUUGGAACACACGAUGUUGAUGUUUGCCUUGUUUGAAUUUGAGGCGGCGGUUCCUCAACCCUUCUCCGGCACCCCCUCCCCUCCCGCGAUGCAAGCUAACACACCAAGUAUUUUUAAAAUGUCUUUGUUUUUUGUUUUUUUUCACAGUCAAAUUCACAUAUAGAAAUUGGGGCAUGGAGGGGUUUGACUUACUGACCUCCUCGAAAUGUUUUCUGGGUUGGAUAAAUUAUGAAGAGACAUAUAUGGAAGAAAUGAACAGCUUAGCUCUUUUUUUUUUUUUUUUCCUUUCAAUGGGGCCUUAAUGAUGUGACUUUUUCCAGCUUCUUACAACAAAGUGACCGACUGGUUUCUGGAUGUGCGUCAACCUUGUUUGCUCACCAGAUUAGGAUCAUGUCUCCAGUCGACUCCACCUGAUCUGUGCAACUGCGUUUGUUUUACAGAUGUGUGUGAAACAUGAAUGUGAAUGUACACCCCACACAGAGAAACACACACACACACACCACUGUAUAAAAAUGCCUUCUUUGUGGAGCCGCUCACAGGUGUGUACCAGCAUUAGCUCAACGAACUGUUUGUACAGCGUGUCACUCUACUGAAUGUCAAAGACAGCAGAAGUAUUGCGCACACACACACACACACAUCACGUCUGAGUAGUGUAACCGUUUUCCUUUUGGUUGUGAAUCCAGAGAAUUCACCUUUUCCUCAUGUGAAACACUGUAAGAGAUGUCAGUAAUAUACACAAGAACCCAAUAGCAUGAGCAACUGUCAGUUUCACUAUACUGCCACUGUAAAACAAUAAAACACUGAUGAAGUUUAAGUGUCAUC